AUGCGCCCCACUACCACCCUCUCGCUCUGCGCGGCUGUCGCCCUCACUGCUGUCAGUGUUUCUGGAGCGCCGCUGCCGGCUAAUGCCACGAAAGGCGAUGUCGGCGUCGGCGUCGGCGUUGGUGGAGAGGUGCCUGCGCUUUUUGCAAGAGACUUAGUAGCGGGACAGAAGGAUACUAAGGUUGAGGCUGGGGCUGUGAAGGAGACCUCGUGGAUGCGUUCGAUGGCGAAGUGGCUGCUGUGGCCUUUGGUUCGCCAUGGUGGUCUUGAUGUUGGUGCUGCUGGGGCUGUGGCUGCGGAUGUAAAAGAAGAGAUGGGGGCCGGGAUGCCGUUUUCUUUUGAUGAGAAGAAUGGCACGGCUGGGUGGAAUGGGACUGCUGGUGUUGCUGCUAGUGCUGAUGGCAAGGGAGGAAGGAAUGCAAGCACGCGGGUUCUGUUUUUCGAACGGAACGAGACGGCUGGUGCUGGCAAUGGCACCAGUGGUACUGCUGUCGAGAAAGACGAAGAAGAUGGGGACGGGGAUGCGGGGGUGCCGUUUUUCUUUUUUGAAAGAGAUGGCAUGGCUGACGUUGCUGGUGCUUGGAAAGAAGAGCCUGAGAACACGCCUUUUUUGUUCUCGAGACGCGGGGUGGAGCCUCUGCCGUUCUUGUUUGGGGUCUAG